AAAGACAGCACAAAAUCCCCUUUUCUGCAGAACCCAAAAAAAAAAAAGAACAACCGUUCCGGUGCGAGCCCAGACAAGUGACGACCUUCCUCUCCUUGUGGAGCGCCCUUUGAACGACGUCGGUGGCCAUGCCUUGAUUCUUCCUUCUCCGGCGAUGCUACUAUAACCCGCUUUUGCAGCAGCAAAUCUUCUUCUUCGAUUUCGAUGCGCUCGUCUAAGAAUCUGGUAAAGUUCUCGUCUUUGAUCUCCGAAUAAUACUUUCCGUUCACGCCCUAAUUCGCACAAAUGAAAUCGGAGGAAUUGAGAGUAGAGUUCUGCUGAGUUUCAAAGAAACCCCCGAGGAAGUAACAUCACCUUCGAUUGCUCUCCUUCUGGUCCCCGCGUUCCUGAGUUUUAAAAGAUAUUCAACUUCCAUGGAGGAAUCGGAGAAAAGAAGAGAAAGAUUGAGAGCAAUGCGUCAUGAAGCCGCUGCUCAGUCUGUGAAUUCUGACAACAAUGAAGCUCCUGCAAUGCCUUGUUACCUCUCCAAUCCAUUGGUCGAGACCUCCGCAGCAGCUCCGCCUCCCGAGCAAUCACACGGAACGUCUAGGUUUGAUUUCUACACAGAUCCUAUGGCAGCAUUCUCUGCCAACAAGAGGAGGAAUAAUACUAGUGACCCGAUUUCCUCUCAUCAUGUAACCCCCCCAGCUAACAGUGGUUCACCCAUGUUGAGAUCCCCAUCUCCUUUUUCAGCAGGACCCAGGUACGCCGGAAUGAGUCCUGCUCAUCAGUUUCAGAGCAAUUACUCACCCAAUCCAAGAAUGUACCAGCCACAAGGUUUUGGUCACGACCCCAUUUCCCAGAGCGGCGAAUUGGGAAUGUCUAGGCCGUUUAACAUGCAUCAAGGCAAUAUGGAUCCCUCGAUUGGACCCGGCAGUGCGGCAGGUUAUUAUAACUUUCCUUCCAAUCAACCAAGAGGGAGUAGGUUUCCGAGUCCUCGAAUUGGUCCAACGGGUAGUUUUUUCAAUGCUGGUCAAGGUAGGGCUCACUGGCACAACCACAGUCCAAACCCUGGUUUGGGACGUGGAGGCAGUCCUAGUCCUAGUUUGGGAAGAGGUGGGGGUCGCUGGCAUGGUGGUAGCACGAGUCCGGGUUCAGGUCGGAGAGGAGGGCGAGGUCCAGGUUCUGCUGGUCGCCACUUUACAAUGGACAGACAGCUGGGGCCAGAGAGGUUUUAUGACGAGUCAAUGAUCGAAGAUGCUUGGAAGUUUUUGGAGCCUGUUGUUUGGAGGGAGGUGGAUGCUUCAUUGAGUAGUUUGAGCACCCCUGACUCAUCAAAAUCCUGGAUCACAAGAUCACUUGGCGCCAAGAAAGCCAAAGUUUCGGAUUCUACGAGCAAGUCCGGCUCUCAGCCAAGCCUUGCGGAGUACUUAGCGGCCUCUUUCGAUGAAGCCAAUAAGGACGAAUCCAGUGCAUGAGAGUUGCUCUCGUACAUUGCAGGAUGUCGUUUUAAUAAUGGAUCUGUACUAGCCAAAAGAUGGAAAGCCUUGGACGGGCUUAUUGUUUGGUACUAGUGCAGCGCUUGAUGCCAAGAGGCAAUUAAAGGGUUAUCCUCGAAAAUCAAGAUUCUGUGACGUGAUCAUGUAGUAUUGUUAUUUUUAUUCCUUUUUUUUUUCCCGAAAAUGUAAAAUCUUUAGGUGGCUGCCAGUUACUAAGCCCGCUUUUAACAUAGAACACGCUCAAGUGACUGCAUUGCAACUAUAGAGUUCUAUUUUUUCCCCCCGUCUGUGUCUUGUCUCUUCAAAAUCUUUCUUGAAAGGACUGUAAAGUUACCCCAAAAAUGUAUCCAAUUAAUAGGGUGUUCUAGC